AUGGCUUCCGCCUCUCCCUCGGAAGCGCUGGCCGCGCUCAAGCAAAUAGCGCCCGACACUCACCUCUCAAUUGUCAAAAUCAGCGAACCCAUCUCUACUACAACAGACACAGCCAGUUCAACACAGUCGCCAUCCAAUCGGCGUUCGGACGUAUCAACAGAUGCGUUUUACAAUCCCACGCCCUCGUCAUUAGAAGAGGAUCUAACCCAUUACAAGGAACUUUUCUCGAAACUCCGCUUCUCAUACAUCGAGCAAGUCACGAAGGAAAAAUUUCUGCGCUCUAUUGUCGGUGACCCGCCUCUCGUUGUUGGCCAUCAUGAAAAUAUUGAGCUCGAGGCGGAGUUGGCGAAAGUGAAGGAAGAGCUACAACGGCGGAAGGAAGAAGUUAGACUAAUGAUUGAGGAGAUGGAGAAAAUGGGGAGGGCGCUGGCUACGCGAUAUAAGAAAGUCCAGCUCCAGAUGACACAGUUAUCAGAUCUCCCCGCCUCAAUAGAAGCCCUCGAAACCACGAUAUCUACGCUACGCGAAGCGGCAUCCCAUGGCCCACACGCGUACCAGUCUGGCUCUGCUCUGUCUUCUUCUCAGACACUAUCGUUACCAGCCACUCUUGAACUCAUUGCGGAGCGGGAAGUGGAAUUAGCUGCCCUAGACCGUCAACUGGCCUCGGUCAACUCGUCACUGCCACGGAGUACAAGGGAAGCUGACGCGAUGGAGAGAGAAUUGGCGAGACUGGAAAAGAAGAAGAUUGAGAGUGUGGCACAGGCUAAGGAAGCUCAGAGAAAGAAGCAGGAAGGUGAGAGUGAUGGGCUGGAAGAAAUGGGAAGGUGGUAUAGAGGCGCGGAGAAGGGCUUGAAAGAUUUAGUGGGAGUUGAGGGAUAAGUGUGAAGCAGAAUUUAUUUUAUUUUUGGGUGGUUAUUCUCACAAAGUUUGAAUGGCGUUAUGGGCUGUUAAUUUGAGCAGAGCAACUGCUAAAUUUAUUAAAUCAGGAGUCAUUGAAUUCAUAUUUCACGUUAAAUGGUUGAAA